CGGGGUAAAAAUAGACGACAGUGUAGCACACCUCACAGAGGGAACACAGCGAUGUCCCGUAGUCUGAGAAAAACUGUGUCAAACAGACAACCAGCUUAGUUCAGGACAACUGGAGAAAUGAUGGAAGGCUUAGCGGUAGCCCUGGGGGUGGUAUGUCUGGCCUUGUUAAUCUCCGUGUGUCUUAAUAUCUUCUUCUGCAUGAGACACAGAGACACUUUAUGCAAAGAACCACAUAUGUGCUGUCAUACACACAGAUUGGAAGAAGAAACCCUAUCGCAGAUCGAAGGGCAAUAUUUUUGUGACGUCAGUCAUCAAGAGCAGCAGGAAAAUCCCCACAAUCAUCAUGAGCAACAGGAAAAUCCAAUCUACGGCAACAUCAUCACAGAAAGACGUGGUUCUUCAGAGGAUUGCUAUGAGAUGAUGUCCAAGCACCGCACUAGAGAUUGUCUGAAGCCUUUAGAGUCUGACCUGAAUUAUGCCUCGCUGGAUCUGAAGAUUGCAAAGAACCGCAAGAAACACCGUCACCGGCAAAGCCUGGCACAAGGAUGCCACAAGGAGCAGGAUCCAUUGGCAGACCACCUGACGUCUCCCUUGAGUGCCUUCUUGGAGGUUGACACGGACGUGGACAUUUACCUGCCAUCCAGAGACACUGACGUCAUGGUCUCGCACAGCAGCAUCUAUCUAAACAGUCAACAGAUAGCCCAUGAGGCCGAGGAGAUGGAAAGAGAGAGGGGCAUCAACAUGGAGAAGGAGAAUAUGGGAUGGAGUGGCUUACAAGACAGCGAGGAAGGAGGGAGAAGAAAUUGGGAUGAAGAUCAACAAAGUGAGGAAGGAAAAGAUAAUCAUAUUGACAGCAAUGGGGAUAUAUGUAUACAGCAAUCAGAGGUAGAAACUACUCAGAGCUGCUCAGAUCAAGUCGUUGACAGCUUUAGUCAUGAUUGUGACUAACUAUAUAUUUAAGUAUUACAUUACUUUUUUCAAACUUUUCAACUUGCAGCCUACUCUAGAAAACAAGAAAAAGACAAACUAUUUAAUAUUUUCAGUCCAAAAACUGUAACUAUCAUCUUCAAUUUUCCAUAUGCUUUGUAGAGUUGAGCAAUUUCCUUCUUGACACAUACAAACUACCUCUUAGAGUCUCCAUGUUAAGCAAUACGAACAUAACUGUGCUUUUUUAUAAAUUACUUCAAAAGAAAGGAAAUUCUGAAUGACAUUUAUAAGUCAAGAACAAUGUGGAAAUUGUAGUUUGUUGUGAAACAGGGAAAAGAUUAAAUCAUCACAGGACAUGAAGAAACUUUA